AUGCUGCUUGUUUUGCGCGUGUUGGGUUCUGCACUGAAUCUGUCUGCAGAAGAUGAUGCACCUCCAUCCUGGACACCACCCCCGCCAGGCCCCCGUUCGGAUAUGUCGCCCUCAGGAGGUACUUCGACCACUCCAGUGCCCUUGGACUCUACGCAUCUACGAGCUGCAAGUGCAAGAGUAGUGGUCGUCACUCUUCGUGUUCAGCCGCGCUGGAGACCGUCGGAGAGACCGGGGCCCUCACCAGGACCGCCUACGCAGCCGUUGCCCUCAGCAGAGGAUGAUGCACCUCCACCCCCGGCACCACCCCCGCCAGGUCAGCGGAUGACUGUUUCCCCCAUUGACCGGCCGCCCCCUACUGAGGCAGAGUAUACGCUCAGCGUAGCUGUUGCAGAGCUGCUCGAUCCUCGCAUCACGAUUGGCUUGGGGCCGAGGCGCGUAGCCAUUUGA